GCAAUUGCACUUUGCUGGCACAACUUAAAAUUAGCAUACGAAUAUUUGCUUGUAUUCUUUGUUAGAAUUUAUUUUAACCAAUUUUCUGUCAACUAAACUGAAAUGAAGUAGUUUCAACACGAGAAAAAAUUUUCACCUACCUUCAAGUUUCAUAGGCCAUUAUUUUUCUUUUAAUGGAAAUAGAAUGCCGGCAAAACAAGGUUAGCCAGAAUAGAACCAAAACAAACGCCCACUCGUUGACAUUCAAAUAUCAGCAUGUCUCGUAACAAGCGAGAAAUUGAUUAUCAAGUGAUAUCAAUGGAGAAUGGUUCUGUUCCUAAGUUGCAACAACAAAAAGAUGUUAAGUUAUUUUGCUUUGAUCUUAGUGAUUGCAGUACAAAAACACAAGUAUUCUGGUGUAGUAUUGGAAUCUUCACGUGUUAUAUUAUUUACGGAUACUUGCAGGAAUUGAUAUUUACCCUUGAUGGAUUUCGACCAUUUGGAUGGUAUCUAACACUCAUACAAUUUGCCUAUUAUACAAUAUUUGGAUGGAUAGAAUGCAAAAUAAGAAACAUAAGUAGAAAAGUUUCUAUUAGUACUUACUUACUGCUUGCAUUGUUGACUCUUGGAACAAUGGGAUUUUCUAACUCAUCAUUGGGUUACUUGAACUAUCCUACUCAGGUGAUUUUUAAAUGCUGCAAGCUUAUUCCUGUGCUGAUAGGAAGCAUCAUCAUUCAGAAAAAACGCUAUGGUUGGCUGGACUUUUUCGCUGCAAGCCUUAUGUGCUUUGGGCUUAUACUUUUCACUCUUGCUGAUAGUAUGAUUUCACCUCGCUUUGAUAUUAUUGGAGUAGUUAUGAUAAGCUGUGCCCUACUUUGUGAUGCUUUAAUAGGAAAUAUUCAGGAAAAAACAAUGAAAAAAUUUAAAGCAGCCAAUGCAGAAAUUGUUCUGUAUUCUUACAGCAUUGGAUUUGUUUAUUUGUUCAUUAUACUGCUUUUAACAGGAGAUUUUUUCAAAGGAACAGCUUUUUGUGUAAAGAAUCCAGUUGAAACCUAUGGAUAUGCCUUACUUUUUUCAAUCUCUGGUUACUUAGGAAUUCAAGUUGUUCUUUCAUUAGUUCAAUCUAGUGGAGCUUUUGUAGCAGCAACAGUGACUACUUGCCGUAAAGCAGUAACUAUUAUAAUAAGUUUUUUCCUGUUUUAUAAACCUUUCACAAGUCAAUACAUUUGGUCUGGACUUUUAGUCGUGAUUGGAAUUUAUUUAAAUAUUUAUAGUAAACAAAACCCUGACAGUUUCAGUUGUAACAAAAUUUUUAAAUUUAUAAAAUUAUGUGUAGCACGUCAAAACAGAUUACAGAAAAGACUACUUUUAUCAAAUGUUUGAUUUUUGAAAAUUUGAAUUGUGGAUAUUUUUAGUGUUUCAUGAUGGAUUUUGUGUGUGAUUUUUAUUGUUAUAAUAACAAACUAAUGAAUGUAAUCUUUGAUGAAUAUUUUGGUAUUUUUUAAAACUACUGUUUUCCCUGCUUGUUUUACAUUUUUUGUAUAUUUCAAGCAAUUGAGCAUAUUUUAGUUGAUUGUUAAUGAUAGCAGUAUUAUUUACUGUAUUAUAGACUUUAUUUAUUGUUACACUUUUAUUGAUGAACAUAAAUUUUAAGAAACUUUGUUGUAGAUAUUGUUUUAGUAAAUUUAUAUAAUAAAAAUUUGUCAUAAAAAUGUACACCAUUAUUGAAUGUAAAAGAUUAUGUCUUUGUGAUAUUAAUACAAAAUAAAUAAUAAAAUCAAAAAGGCUGAAACAA